AUGCCCAAGCAAAUCACCGAGAUCAAGGACUUUUUGGUACUGGCGCGCCGAAAGGACGCAAAGAUCGUUAAGAUCAAGAAGAAUAGCCUCAAUGUGAAAUUCAAGGUUCGCUGCAGCAGAUACUUGUUCACACUCGUUGUCAAUUCUAAAUCGUCUGGAUACACGUUGUACAGCAAAACAACAACUAACGUCUGCGAAGUUCGCUGCAAUGAACUUUUUGGCAACACUUACUUUGCUGGUGAAGAUGAAAAAAUUUCCAUAGAUCCACGUUACUCCCCUUCUAUCUUUUCGAAUUUUUCAUAGUU